AUGUCACCUGCAGAGACAAACGGUUCAAAAAGGGCCUAUGUGACCUUCUUGGCUGGCAAUGGAGACUAUUGGGAAGGUGUAGUUGGCCUAGCCAAGGGCCUAAGGAAGGCCAAAUCUGCAUAUCCUCUUGUGGUGGCUGUUCUGCUUGAUGUUCCUGAGGACCACCUUCAGAUUCUUCAGUCUCAAGGAUGCAUUGUUCACGCAAUUGAACCUGUCUACCCUCCUGAAAACCAAACCCAAUUUGCCAUGGCUUAUUAUGUCAUCAACUACUCCAAGCUUCGUAUUUGGGAGUUUAUGGAGUAUGAGAAGAUGAUAUACUUGGAUGGACACAUUCAAGUGUUUGAUAACAUUGAUCACCUUUUCGACAUGCCUGAGGGCAGUUUUUAUGCCGUGAUGGAUUGCUUUUGUGAGAAGACAUGGAGUGCGUCUCCACAGUACAAGAUUGGAUAUACUGCCAGCAGUGCCCUAAGACGGUACAGUGGCCGGCCAAGUCACCACCACCUUACUUCAAUGCCGGACUUUUUGAACAUGUUCUUCAAGGACAUAUACAGUCCUAUCCCACCUAUAUACAAUCUUGUUUUGGCUAUGUUGUGGCGCCACCCUGAGAAUGUGGACCUUGACAAAGUGAAGGUUGUGCAUUACUGUGCUGCGGGAUCAAAGCCAUGGAGAUACACAGGAAAGGAAGAGCAUAUGGAGAGGGAAGACAUAAAGAUGCUGGUGAAGAAGUGGUGGGACAUUUAUGAUGACACUUCACUGCAUUACAAGAAUGAUGGUCGUGUGGUGAAGGCUGAGGAGCAUGUGAAGCUUCCACCCUUUAAUUCCGCAUUAUCUGGGACUGACAAUGAUGACCAAAGAAGUGUACCAUCUGCAGCUUGA